AUGGGGGGAUUAGUAUUUCUUGGAGCAUUACUUGUACAGGUGUCUGCUGAGAAUACUCCAAGGGUAGGGUCUGACAAGCCUAGGGAUCUCGGAGGAGUGCAACUAAAUGAGCAUGAUCGUGGUGGUCUAGUGUUGAGCCUUAACGCAAGAUUGUUAGACCUUAGAGAAACUUCUGAAGAGUUUCCAAAAGCUAAAGAUUUAUUGAAGAAAGAGUUUGAGAUAAAGGACUUGGGAAAGACAAAGUCACAAGAUGUGGAUGAAGAUCCUUUUAGAUCUCAAUUAGAGGAUAAAGAUCUACUUGGUCUUGAUGUAUCAUAUGUUAGUGCGUUCAGAGCAUUGAUGUAUCUUGCUAAUUACACAUGUCCUGAUAUAUCAUUUUAUGUCAAUCUACUAACAAGAUAUAGUUUUUCACCUACACAAAGAUAUUGGAACGAAGUCAAGCAUAUACUUCGUUACCAUAGAGGUACAAUAGAUAUGGGUUUGUUUUAUUCCAGAGUACACAAACUAGAACUAGUUAGCUAUGCAAAUGCAAAUUAUUUAUUAGAUCCUUAUAACGGUGGUACAACCAUUUCAUAG